GGUCACAUGGUCCCCUCAUCACAUGUUCACCUGGUCCCCUCGUCACCUGGUCCAUCGUCACAUGUUCACCUGGUCCCCUCAUCACAUGGUCCCCUUAUCACAUGUUCACCUGGUCCACUUGUCACAUGUUCACCUGGUCCUCUCAUCACAUGUUCACCUGGUCCCCUCGUCACCUGGUCCAUCGUCACAUGUUCACCUGGUCCCCUCAUCACAUGGUCCCCUUAUCACAUGUUCACCUGGUCCACUUGUCACAUGUUCACCUGGUCCUCUCAUCACAUGUUCACCUGGUCCCCUCGUCACCUGGUCCAUCGUCACAUGUUCACCUGGUCCCCUCAUCACAUGGUCCCCUUAUCACAUGUUCACCUGGUCCACUUGUCACAUGUUCACCUGGUCACAUGGUCCCCUUAUCACAUGUUUACCUGGUCCCCUCGUCACAUGGUCCCCUCAUCACAUGGUCCAUCGUCACAUGUUCACCUGGUCCCCUCAUCACAUGGUCCCCUUAUCACAUGUUCACCUGGUCACAUGGUCCCCUUAUCACAUGUUCACCUGGUCCACUUGUCACAUGUUCACCUGGUCACAUGGUCCCCUUAUCACAUGUUUACCUGGUCCCCUCGUCACAUGGUCCCCUCAUCACAUGGUCCAUCGUCACAUGUUCACCUGGUCCCCUCAUCACAUGGUCCCCUUAUCACAUGUUCACCUGGUCACAUGGUCCCCUUAUCACAUGUUCACCUGGUCCACUCGUCACAUGUUCACCUGGUCCCCUCAUCACCUGGUCCACUCGUCACAUGUUCACCUGGUCACAUGGUCCCCUCAUCACCUGGUCCACUCGUCACAUGUUCACCUGGUCACAUGGUCCCUUCAUCACAUGGUCCACUCGUCACAUGUUCACCUGGUCCCCUCAUCACCUGGUCCACUCGUCACAUGUUCACCUGGUCACAUGGUCACCUGGUCACAUGGUCCCCUCAUCACCUGUUCACCUGGUCACAUGGUCCCCUUAUCACAUGUUCACCUGGUCCACUCGUCACAUGUUCACCUGGUCCCCUCAUCACCUGGUCCACUCGUCACAUGUUCACCUGGUCACAUGGUCCAUUGUCACAUGUUCACCUGGUCCCCUCAUCACAUGGUCCCCUUAUCACCUGGUCCACUCGUCACAUGUUCACCUGGUCACAUGGUUCCCUCGUCACAUGGUCCAUCGUCACAUGUUCACCUGGUCCCCUCAUCACAUGGUCCCCUUAUCACAUGUUCACCUGGUCCACUCGUCACAUCGUCACCUCGUCAUCUGGUCCACUCGUCACAUGUUCACCUGGUCACAUGGUUCCCUCGUCACAUGGUCCAUCGUCACAUGUUCACCUGGUCCCCUCAUCACAUGGUCCCCUUAUCACAUGUUCACCUGGUCCACUCGUCACAUCGUCACCUCGUCAUCUGGUCCCCUCAUCACCUGGUCACCUCGUCAUCUGGUCCCCUCAUCACAUGGUCCAUCGUCACAUGUUCACCUGGUCCCCUCAUCACAUGGUCCCCUUAUCACAUGUUCACCUGGUCACAUGGUCCCCUUAUCACAUGUUUACCUGGUCCCCUCGUCACCUGGUCCCCUCAUCACAUGGUCCCCUUAUCACAUGUUCACCUGGUCCACUCGUCACAUGUUCACCUGGUCCCCUCAUCACCUGGUCCACUCGUCACAUGUUCACCUGGUCACAUGGUCCCCUCAUCACCUGGUCCACUCGUCACAUGUUCACCUGGUCACAUGGUCCCUUCAUCACAUGGUCCACUCGUCACAUGUUCACAUGGUCCCCUCAUCACCUGGUCCACUCGUCACAUGGUCACCUGGUCACAUGGUCCCCUCAUCACCUGUUCACCUGGUCACAUGGUCCCCUUAUCACAUGUUCACCUGGUCCACUCGUCACAUGUUCACCUGGUCCCCUCAUCACCUGGUCCACUCGUCACAUGUUCACCUGGUCACAUGGUCACCUGGUCACAUGGUCACCUGGUCACAUGGUCCCUUCAUCACAUGGUCCAUCGUCACAUGUUCACCUGGUCCCCUCAUCACAUGGUCCCCUUAUCACCUGGUCCACUCGUCACAUGUUCACCUGGUCACAUGGUUCCCUCGUCACAUGGUCCAUCGUCACAUGUUCACCUGGUCCCCUCAUCACAUGGUCCCCUUAUCACAUGUUCACCUGGUCCCCUCAUCACAUGGUCCCCUUAUCACCUGGUCCACUCGUCACAUGUUCACCUGGUCACAUGGUUCCCUCGUCACAUGGUCCAUCGUCACAUGUUCACCUGGUCCCCUCAUCACAUGGUCCCCUUAUCACAUGUUCACCUGGUCCACUCGUCACAUCGUCACCUCGUCAUCUGGUCCACUCGUCACAUGUUCACCUGGUCACAUGGUUCCCUCGUCACAUGGUCCAUCGUCACAUGUUCACCUGGUCCCCUCAUCACAUGGUCCCCUUAUCACAUGUUCACCUGGUCCACUCGUCACAUCGUCACCUCGUCAUCUGGUCCCCUCAUCACCUGGUCACCUCGUCAUCUGGUCCCCUCAUCACCUGGUCACCUGGUCCACUCGUCACAUGGUCACCUGGUCCCCUCAUCACAUGGUCACCUGGUCACCUCGUCACCUGGUCCCCUCAUCACCUGGUCACAUGACAUGAUUAUUUCUGCUUAACGCUCCAGUAAAGUAUGUUUGAUGU